GCGAUUGCAGGUCUGCUCCUGCGCCACAUACACACAUCGAGCAGGAGAGUCCGGAUCGGGCGGAGGCAUGUAUUCCAACACGACGGCCAUGACGACGCUCUCCGCGAGCACCGAAAACUGCACAUCCCAGGAUGGCGCCGAGGGCAGGAUCCUGUGGCCUGCGCUCUACCUCCUCAUUUUCGUGCCGGGUUUGCUGCUCAACUGCACGGCCCUGCGCAUCUUCUGCGUGAUGGACGGACGCAGCAGCUUCACGCUGUACCUGAAGAACAUCGCCUCCGCCGACCUUCUCAUGACUCUCACCUUCCCGAUACGCAUCGUGAGCGAGGCGCGGCUCGGACCCUGGUGGCUGCCGGCGCUGGACUGCCGCUACUCGGCCGUGCUCUUCUACACCUGCAUGUACGUGAGCAUCCUGUUCCUGGGGCUGCUCAGCCUCGACCGCUACCUCAAGAUCGUGCGGCCCUUCGGCAGCUCGCGCCUCUACAGCUACGGCUUCACGCAGAGGCUGUCGGCGGGCGUGUGGCUGGUCACGGUCGCGCUCUCGCUGCCCAACACCAUCCUGACGAACGGGGUGCCCGAACGGGCCACGGUUUGCGAAUGCAUGAAGCUCAAAGGCCUCCCGGGGAGGAAGUGGCACAGCAUUCUCACCUACAUCAACAUCGUCAUCUUCACAGGCAUCCUGGUGGUGCUGGUGACCAGCUACGUGUCCAUCUACCGGCACGUGCACCGCUCCAACGCCCAGUUCGUCAGCUCGGCCAACGGCGGGGAGUUGCGGCCGGGCCAGAACAUCACCAUCGUGCUCAUGGUCUUCUUCGUGUGCUUCGUGCCGUACCACCUGUUGAGGAUCCCCUUCACGCUGAGCCAGAUGGAGGACAGUUUCUCCCCGCGGGCGAAGCAAGUGCUCAUGGAAGGCAAAUUGGCGACGCUCUUCCUGUCGGCGUGCAACGUGUGCCUGGACCCCAUCAUCUACUUCCUCAUGUGCAAGUCGUUCACGCGCCGCCUCUGCAGGAAGCUCUGCUCCUCUCACAAAUUCUUCCCCAACUCCUCCUCGCUCAGCGGCAGGAUGCAGGUGCGCCGCUUCCGAGAGGACCCCCCCGCGGCGGAGCGAGACCGAGGCCUCCCGGACAUCUCCGCGCUCGCCUUGUCGUCGCAGGAAGCAGUUUUCCAGUCACACGGUGCCAGGUGAUCCGGUAAAUCAGGGUGAUGUACUGAGCGCACCUCCUACGGUAUGAGAUGCGGAACCCUGCAGCGGGACGGACCGCCGAGUCGCCCCCCGACAACGGGACGGUCCUCCUGAAAGAGAUGAUGCAGAGCCGGGAAUUCAGGAACGUCGUGCUGAACGUCCGGCUGAACCUCCCUGUUGGUCUCCAGAUUCAGACUGAAGAGGAGAGAAGAGCACCUCCACCUCCACCUCCACUGCUGUUGUUGCACUUUCAUGUCUUUG